AUGAAGUUCUCUGUUUUGUUGCUCUUCGGUAUUUUUACGCAAGUUUAUGGAUUUUCCAUACCCAAAGUUUAUAACACAAAAGCUGAAGGAUGUGUUAAUGAAAGAUGUGGACCACAUUGUGAUGUGAAUGGUGUAAAAAUAUUUCCAGGAGAAAGGUUUAAUUUGGAAGGAGAAUGUGAAAGAUUAUCUUGUACUCAAGACUUUACAGUAACAUUCUCAACUUGCAGAGGCUUUGAUAGUGAGUGGAUGUAUUUUAAUUAUCUUAUUCAAAGAUUUUAUUACGAUUUUGUUUCCUGA